AUGUCGAUAAGCUGGCAGGUUUCUCACGAAGCUGAUACAUGGGACACAGAACUGGAGAGAUCUGCAGAGUCAUGGGCUGAAACCUGUCUCUGGGAGCAUGGCCCUGCAAGCCUUCUUCCAUCAAUUGGACAGAAUCUGGGGGCACACUGGGGAAGGUACAGACCUCCAACAUUUCAUGUCCAAGCAUGGUAUGAUGAAGUGAGAGAUUUCACCUAUCCCCAUCCUCACGAGUGCAACCCAUAUUGUCCUUACAAAUGCUCUGGUCCAGUAUGCACACAUUACACACAGGUUGUGUGGGCUACAAGUAGCAGAAUUGGUUGUGCAAUUAAUUUGUGUCAUAACAUGAACAUCUGGGGGCAGAUUUGGCCCAAAGCAGUCUAUCUGGUGUGCAAUUAUUCUCCUAAGGGUAACUGGUGGGGUCAUGCUCCUUACAAACCUGGCCGCCCUUGCUCUGCCUGUCCCCCUAGUUUUGGAGGAGGUUGCAGAGAAAAUCUUUGUUACAGAGAGGACUCAGAAAGACCUUAUUCUCCCCAUGAACCAGAAGAAGAAACGAACGAGAUCGAACGGCAGCGAUCCAAAGCCCAGGAUGCAACGGCGCAAAGCCGGCCAAGAGCUCAUCCACCUUCUUCAGCCUCCACAGGCACUGAAGACAGUGAGAAAAACGAAGUCAUAAGCACACAGCAAAUGUCUCAGAUUGUUUCAUGUGAAGUCAGGCUCAGGGAUCAGUGCAAAGGAACAACUUGCAAUAGGUAUGAAUGUCCUGCUGGCUGUUUGGAUAGUAAAGCCAAAGUUAUUGGAAGUGUACAUUAUGAAAUGCAAUCCAGUAUCUGUAAAGCUGCCAUACAUUAUGGCAUCCUGGACAAUGAAGGUGGCUGGGUGGAUGUCACUAGGCAAGGACGGAAGAAUUACUUCAUCAAGUCGUACAGAAAUGGCAUUCAGUCAAUUGGAAAAUACCAGUCUGCCAAUUCCUUCACUGUCUCUAAAGUAACAGUUCAAGCUAUCACCUGUGAAACAACAGUGGAGCAGCUGUGCCCAUUUCAGAAACCAGCCUCACACUGUCCAAGGUGCUCUCUUCCCAGCCUGCUGUCCAGCUUCAGGCUCAGGGUGCCUAUUGGUGUCAUUGUUUCUGAUCUUUCCAGUAUCUGCCGGGCAGCUGUGCACGCUGGUGUGGUCCCCAACCAGGGUGGCUAUGUUGAUGUCAUGCCAGUAGACAAGAGGAAGGUCUAUGUGGCCUCCUUUCAGAACGGGAUAUCCUCAGAAAGUUUACAGAACCCUCCAGGCAGCAAGGCCUUCAGAGUGUUUGCUGUUGUGUGA